AUGUCGCAGUUGGUAAUGUGCCGCAACGUUGUCGCGCCGGAGCGUCCAACCUGGACUCCCGCUAUCGCCGCGGCCAAGUUGCCCGUUGCCGCCGUAGCCGCCCGUGCUGAUGCUGAUCGAGUACCGUCGUUAAUUAUCCACGCCGAUGAUUUAAAUGAAUACGUCGAACAAUUUCAACAUCUACAAGAUGCUAUUAUUAACGCGUUAAUCGAUCUUAAUCGUGUUGCCGAAUUUGAUUGGGAUGAUCGUUCUAUGAUCGCCUCUAAAUCGUCGUCUUCGUCGUCCAUCGCUUCCGCGCCACAACAAUUCGUUCCUUUACCGAAGAUUCAGCUGCCCAGCUUCUACGGUAGUUUAUUAGAGUGGCGAUCGUUCCGCGAUAUAUAUGUAUCUCUCGUACACGACAACACCGGCAUUGGUGAUGCCGAACGUUUUCACUUUCUACUGUCGUGUUUAUCGGGUGACGCUCUCGCUGUAGUCAAAGCAAUACCGCUGUCCGCAAAUAAUUACGCCCUCGCUUGGGAAGCACUGUCCGUUCGGUUUGACAAUAAACGUUUGUUAGCUUCGGCACAUCUAGACAAAUUGUUUGCAUUCAAACCUAUUACACAUCAAUCGCUACCGGCUUUGACAUCUUUUAUCAACACGUUCAAAGAAAAUGUAGCCAUAAUCAAAGCGCUCGGUGUCAACGACCUUUCAAGUUUUUUAUUAUUCCACAUGGGUUCUCGAGUUCUCGAUCCGACCACGAUUCAAUUAUUCUAA